AUGGAAUUUUUAUCUCGAGAAAAAUCAGAAGACCUGGAAGACGAUCAUUCUUAUGAAGAUGAUCUCCAGUUGGCAGCUGAAAUUGGCAAAGCCUUGUUAGAAAGAAAUAAAGAACUGGAAAGGGAGACAAUCCAGUUACAGAGCAUCAAUGGAGAACAAGCCUUGGAAAUUGAUUAUCUCACAAAACAACUGGAAGCUUUGCGACAAGUCAAUGAUUCUCGUAUGCGUAUUUAUGAAGAGUUGGAUAAAAAUGUUCAAGAGCUUGAGAAAAACAAUCAGAGAUUGGUUACAGAUGCCAGGGCUGGAAAACAACGCAUAGAAACGUUGCUGGAGUCUUUAUCUGGAAUGGAAAUAAAGAAUGAAGAACUACAAAAGAAGAUCGAUGAAAUGGUCACUACUGAACGUCAGCGGGAAAAAGCUGAGCGUCGCAAAACAAUGAGUGUUCCAAGCUUGCAUGAAAUUAACUAUGAAGACUUCUUUCCAACCAGUUUUCCUUGUUGGUCUAAUAACCAAUACAAACAGGGCCUUCACUUAAAUCCAUAUGAGACAGAAAUCCGAAAGCUGCAAGAUACGGUACGAAAAUUACGAGUUCAAGAAACUAUUGAGAAACGAAAGCGUGAGGAGUUUGAAAUUGAGGUUGCUGUGAUGAUUGAAGAUAAUCAAAACCUUGAAACUAAAGUGGAAGAGUUAGAGAAGCGUCUGAUGGAUACCAACAAACUGGAAGCAGAGUUAAAGCAGUUGCAGCUCCGCUCUGAGAAGAUUUGUCGUCGUUGUGGCAAUGAGAUCAAACCUUGUCUACCUGCAGGUGUCCUCGGCAAAGAGGUAGAACACGAUGAACCAUACAUGACAAGCGAAGGAAAGGUUGCCAGGUUAGAGGAUGGAGGCAGUGUGUAUGGCAGCAAUGAGUCCAUCCACAAGGUCCUUAUGGAGACACGGGAACAACUGUCUGGAAAUGGGGUCCAGUCGAACGUUUCCAUCCUUAGUGAACUUGAGUCGCAGUAUUACGCUUUGUGCCAGAAAUAUGAAGCUUUACUGCAGCACAAGCUUCGCCGGAGUCGGACUGGUGCCGACGCUGAUGAUGAUGAGGCCGACCGAAAUUUCCGCGUGUCACACAAGGAAGUGCAGACCCUCCUUGUUAACCUACACCGUUGUGUUGAAGUGAACACUGAUGUUGGAGAAUCUGUAACAAGCCCUCCCCCUUACCGGUCUCUAUUCAAGGACAUUUUUGCGACCCUGCGAAAAUCACGUAUUGAAGAAUCUCCUGAACAACAAGCAUCGGCGACAGCUGUGGCCACUGGUGGGAAGGAACCUCAGACACGAUCAGCUACAAGCACGCCCCUGACCACUCCACUAACAGAGGAUAAUCCCAUGAUACGAAGUUCAAACACAUGA